AUGUGGCUGCCAUUUCGCAUAGUCUUUUUAAGAAGCCAGACAGUUUGCAGAAGAAGCUUUGCUACUGCUAACGUUUCUCUCUUCAGUCAUUCAGCUGGACUUGCAGCACAGCCAUGCAAGGCUCUUCUGUACCGAAAACAUGGAAACCCUUCUCAAGUCGUUCAGUUAGAAGAUGUAGAUCUGCCCCCCAUGGGUGCGAAGGAUGUCCUGGUUAAAAUGCUGGCAGCUCCAAUCAACCCAUCUGACAUUAACAUGAUUCAAGGUACUUAUGCUAUCCUGCCUGACCUCCCAGCAGUUGGGGGCAACGAAGGAGUGGCCGGGGUCAUAGAGGUGGGUUGCCAGGUGAAGUCCCUCAAAACAGGAGACUGGGUCAUUCCAAAAGAUGCUGGUCUAGGGACGUGGAGGACAGAGGCAGUUCUAGCAGAGGAUGAUGUCAUCUCGCUGUCGAAUGACAUUCCCUUGUUGUCUGCUGCCACACUGGGGGUGAAUCCCUGCACUGCCUUCAGGAUGCUCUCUGACUUUGAAGAUCUCAAGCCAGGGGAUUCUGUGAUCCAGAAUGCAGCCAACAGUGGAGUUGGGCAGGCUGUAAUACAGAUUGCUGCUGCGAGGGGAAUAAACACUAUCAACGUCGUGAGAGACAGGCCAGAGUUCACACAGCUCAGUGAUAGGCUGAAGGCCAUGGGAGGAACUCAUGUGAUCAAAGAAGAGGCACUGAGGCGGCCUGAGAUGAAGGAACUGUUCAAGACCUGUCCAAAGCCUAAACUGGCACUGAAUGGAGUCGGAGGCAAGAGCGCAACAGAACUGCUACGUCAUCUGCAGUUUGGAGGAUCUAUGGUGACAUAUGGAGGGAUGGCCAAACAGCCAGUUACUGUCCCUGUGAGUGCUCUUAUUUUCAAGGAUGUGAAGGUUCGGGGAUUUUGGGUCACACAGUGGAAGAGAGAUCACUCAAGCGAUGGGAGGGCAUUCAGAGCCAUGCUGGAUGAACUGUGCCACCUCAUUAAGCAGGGAAAGCUGACAGCUCCUGCCUGCACCGAGGUGGGCCUCCGAGACUACAACAAAGCUCUGGACACAGCUAUGCAGCCUUUCACCUCAGCUAAACAGGUCCUGAUCAUGUGAACAGACUCAUCGACUAAUCAAUACACUGUCAUGACCAAAGUGUAUGAACUCAAUUGUAACCCCAGGACUGCCACAUUAUUGUUUAUGUGUCAAAUACACUGCUCAAGCACAUACUCAAUAAAUGUGUCUUCACAGCAGGUGCAAAGUCCAGCAUCUGUCACAUUAUUACAUUUCAAUUCCCCUACAUUUACUGACGGUAAUUUAAAUAGUCAUUGAAUCUUUAUAUGGUGAUAUGGGAUAACAGGAAGCAUUACAGAACCCAGAUAAUGUGGCUUUAUCUGAUAUGUUUAGUAACAAGUUGAAUUGUUUUUAAGUUAUAUAGGCAUGAGUCAGUGCAAUUUGAUAUUAAUCAACAGAUUUACAGUUGCGAUAAUACUGAUACUCACGGUGUAUUGAUUCUUGCUGUAUAAAUAACAUUCAACCAACCAA